GGGGAAUCAUGAAGUGAAUAGCAGCCUAAUUCCUCUACUAAAGUGUGCAUGUUUAUUGACUCUAAUAGUAGAAGCGAAAAAGAGAAUCGGACAUUUAGCGUGAAGGUAAACAGCUUUGUGGCUCGUCAUGAGUAUUCUGUGCUUCGACAUUUUGCUAUCGACAAGAACGGGAUCCAACAAGACUAUUUAGUGCGUGUGAUCAACAAGUCUACUCUAAAGAAGAAUUCUAGAAGAUUGCCAUUUGAUGUGAGUGAUGAUGUGCUGGACGGCAUUGACAAUUUGUACAACGAGCUCGAGAUUCGCAAGCAACUCAGCCACCCUAAUCUUCUGUCGCUCUACGCCAUCCGAGACACGACCAAUUAUGUAAUUCUUUUUGAGGAAUUUUGCGGCGGCGGACUCUGCAUGAAGGCCACCGACGAUUACCAGUAUUACAUCCCCACUCGCGACGCGAAAACGUAUUCGGAAGAGGAAGCAGCGCGCAUCAUCUUCGAUGUCUGUAGCGGGCUCUACUACCUUCACUCUCGACAGAUUUGCCAUCUCAACCUGCGUCCCGAUCGAUUUGUCCGCACCCGCAGCGGGGACACAAAGAUCUCAGGUCUUUCCUACGUCUGCAAUGUACACAACGAUCUUUUAGGUGGAUUACGCGAGAGCUUCUCGGGAGACCGCUUCUUUCAGGCGCCAGAGUGCUGGAAGGGUGCCCGAUGAUUUCCCGCUCAAUGGUAGACGGACUCUUUUCGUCGUAUUCGGCAGAUAUUUGGUCCAUCGGCGUCUCUCUGUACGUCUUGAUAUACGGGAGACUGCCCAUCCAAUUUUCCAAUUUGAUGGAUUAUAUGGUAAAAAUGAAAAACUAUAACUCGCCUCCCCCGCUCGACGGGAUUUCGAGUGAGCUGAAGCAGCUCCUCACGUCUUUGCUAAAUCCUGAUGUCGCUUUACGCCCAACGCUGAAGGGCAUUUUGGUAGGUUGAUUGGCAGGACUUUUCCAGAUAGACUUCCCAGUGGAUAAAACAUUUUGGAUUUUCGUUUCAAGAAGCCGGUUUUUCUGAAACGUACAGUUAUUUCUUGAUUAUCAAGGUAGCUCGCCACUCCAAAAUAGUUCAAGUAAUUCAAACAUUAACUGGACGUCUCCAUCGUUCCUGCAUGACAACGAUGUUAUCGAUUAUCUCGUCACGCUCAUUGACGACGUAGGUCCGUUUUUUUCGAUUACCGUUAGAAGCUCUUCUGCCAAAACUCUGACCCUGCAGCAGUUUCUUCUACCGCUUCUGCGAUUCGACGAGAUGCAGAGGAGUGGCAACAGGCGUUGAUGCGCCCCGUUUUGCGCAUCCGUCGUUGUCUGCGAAGCCAGAGCGUCAGCUGCCGCGUGGAGGUAAAAGCAGUCGAUUGAUGGGACGUAGCUUCCCCACCAAGAGCAGCUCUGGUUCAAAUCUUCAAAUGUAUGUCAAUUUUGCUAUCUGCGCUGUUUGUUGUAUGUGGAGAAGGGCCAGGCUGUGAUUAGUUAUGGCUGGUGGCAAAAAGUGAGGUCGGGGAGACGGGAUGAUGCGUAGAAGGUGGAAGUGAUUGAUCUGACGACUGCAUAUUUGGUAGAGCAUGCAGAGAAUGUACGUCUCUUUGAGGUACGUUUGGAGAGCGUCUGGGACGUAGAUCCGCACAGAAAACGGCGAUUUUUAUUUGUUCAGAGUCAACUCUGAGUUUGAUUGCCGCUGUUGGGAAGUAGCGAUUUCCUAUGCCAUUCGACUAGGAAAGUAAUGGU